CGCCGGCCGCGUCGUUCCGCUCGCAUCUCUUCCGUGAAGCCGCCUCUGCGCUCCCACGGGACGAGAAUGUGAGGGUGCUUCAAAGUUGGAUUGGAUGGAAAGUGAGAGCCGCCAAAUUCCUGGACCAUGGGGUACGGGCAAAUCCUCCACAAGCGCAGCUAUGAGGAGGACCAGCUUCACCUCAACGUGGGCGGUCUCCGCUUCCAGGUGGAUGGAGACGUGCUGCUCCGCUUCCCUAACACGCGCCUGGCUCGCCUGUUGUGCUGCCGCAGCGAGGAGUCCAUCCUGGAGCUCUGCGACGACUACAGCGCCGCCGACCGGGAGUACUAUUUCGACAGGAACCCCCGGGUUUUCCUCUGCGUCCUCAACUUCUACCAAACGGGGCGGCUCCACAUGAUGGAGGAGCUGUGCGUCUUCUCCUUUAGCCAGGAGAUCGAGUACUGGGGCGUCCAGGAGUUCCACCUGGCCAACUGCUGCAACAACUGGUACCACGAGAGGAAGGAGUACAUCACCCACCGGGACUGGGACGCCAGCAGCGAAGACGGCCAGCCCAGCCUCAACUCCUCCUUGGAGGAGCUCUCGGUGCUGGAUCAGGACUUGGACAAGUUCAAGGGCGCCUGGUGCGCCGAGGUCAGGAGUUACGUCUGGCUCAGGCUGGAGGAUCCGGGUCACUCCCGAGCCUCCAAGGUCAUCGCUUUGGCCUCGCUCAGCGUGGUGUUGACCUCCAUCAUCGCCAUGUGCGUCCACAGCAUGCCGGAGUUCCAGCAAGUGGACGACAACGACAGACCCAUCGAGGACCCCGUCCUCGCCAUCCUGGAGGUGAUCUGCAUCAUCUGCUUCUCCGCCGAGUUCAUCAUCCGGCUCUUUGUCGCUCCCUCCCGCCGGAAGUUCCUGGGGAACCCGUUGAACCUCAUCGACGUGGCCUCCAUCUUGCCGUUUUACGCCACCCUGGUCUUGGAAAACUCGGACGAGGAGAGCGCCGAGGAGAACGAGGACCUGGAGAACAUGGGGAAGGUGGUGCAGGUCCUCCGUCUCAUGAGGGUUCUCCGGAUCCUCAAACUAGCCCGCCACUCAAUCGGGCUCCGGGCGCUGGGGGCCACCGUGCGGCACAGCUACAACGAGGUGGGACUGCUUCUCCUCUUCCUCUCUGUGGGGAUCUCCAUCUUCUCCGCACUUAUCUACUUCGCGGAGAAGGAGGAGCCCGACACGGACUUGGGCACCAUUCCCUCCGGGUGGUGGUGGGCCACAAUCACCAUGACCACGGUGGGCUUCGGCGACACCUGCCCGGUGACUCUCGCCGGCAAGAUGGUGGCCACCCUGUGUAUCAUCUGCGGACUCCUCGUAGUGGCGCUGCCGGUCACCAUCAUUUUUAAUAAGUUCUCCAAGUACUACCAGAGGAACCAAGCCAUGGAGAGGCAGUGCACCCCUAACCCGGAGAGACAAGACCCCGACCUUCCUUACUACAACAUCCGGGACUUGUUCACUGACAGCGUGUACCCUUUCAUCGGGGAUAUCACCUUUGGGAACAGUGUCAGCAGCCUAGGCGACCAUACCGAUGCUUCCAGCCCGCAUGAUGCGGACAUGUGCAAUAUUGACACCGGUCCAACUCCGGAGUAAAAUCUCUGUCUCUCUCAGAGAUAUAUUCCCACAAGGGAUGCAACAAUUACGUACGAUUGUAAAAAGUUAAAGGCCUACUGAAAUGAGAUGUUCUUAUUUAAACGGGGAUAGCAGGUCCAUUCUAUGUGUCAUACUUGAUCAUUUCGCCAUAUUGCCAUAUUUUUGCUGAAAGGAUUUAGUAGAGAACAUCCACGAUAAAGUUUGCAACUUUUGGUGCUGAUAAAAAAGCCUUGCCUGUACCGGAAGUAGCAGACGAUCUGCGCGUGACGUCACGGGUUGUGGAGCUCCUCACAUCUGAACAUUAUUUACAAUCAUGGCCACCAGCAGCGAGAGCGAUUCGGACAGAGAAAGCCACGAUUUCCCAAUUAAUUUGAGCGAGGAUGAAAGAUUCGUGGAUGAGGAAAGUGAGAGUGAAGGACUAGAAAAAAAAAGACUAUACAGUCAGAAGGAUUCAGAUAUUGCUAGACCAGGGGUCACCAACGCGGUACCCGCGCGCACCAGGUAGCCCGUGAGGACCAGAUGAGUCGCCCGCUGGCCUGUUCUAAAAAUAGCUCAAAAAGCAGCACUUACCAGUGAGCUGCCUCUAUUUUUUCACUUUUAUUUAUUUACUAGCAAGUUGGUCUCGCUUU